CAUGCAUGCACGGGAUCAGUUUAGUCUGCAUGUACGGUACGAGUCUAUCCCUGGCCCUACGUGUAAUUCGUGCUAAAAUCAAAAUACCGGUAGACGCUUCAACUUUCAUCGCUGUAAAUAGUCAAAAUGUUAUCGAAGAAAUACGUUUCAGUAGCCAUUUUUUGUAUCAUCGUUACAUUUUCAUAUUCUCUCACAUCAUCUGAAAAUGUAGAAGUUGAUGGAAAUCGACUGCUGCCUGUGAAAAUUGCUGUAGUUGGAGGGGGCAUAGGUGGUACGUCAAAUGCUUUCUACCUGAGGGACCUGUUUGGUGAAAAUGCAGCAAUCACACUCUUUGAGAAAGAUACCAUUGGAGGUCGCUUAGCAACCGUUUCCAUCGGAGGAGCAGAGUAUGAGAUCGGCGGGACGAUCCUCCAUCCACGCAAUCUAUACAUGAAGAAAUUUGUGCAAGAUUUUGGACUGAAGGAGAGGAGCGCAGAAGGCACUGAUAGAACGAUGGGAAUCUACGAUGGAGAAGAAUUUGUCUUUCAAUCCAGUCAAUACUCCAUCAUAACCCUCCUCAAGUUACUAUGGCGAUAUGGAUUGGACGUCUUCCGAAUGCGUUGGACCAUCAGCAAUCUGCUCAAGAAAUUUGAAAGAAUUUAUGAUUUCCAAGAUGCAGGACAAUCCUACACAGACAUCGAAGGCAUAAUGGCUGCGAUGGGUGGGGAGGAGUUUGAGGGUUGGCUGACCAAGCCUAUAAGCGUCGUCCUCCGAGACAUGGGCAUGUCGGAGAGGUUUGUCCAAGAGUUCGCUGCUAUAGCAACAAGAGCAAAUUAUGGGCAGAAACCCCAACAUGAUGGGGUUUGCAUGGUGUCCCUAGCUGCAGCCGUACCUGGUCUGUGGUGUAUAGAUGGGGGUAACAAGCUCGUGCCUGAACAGCUGCUUCAGAGGUCCGGUGCAAAGCUCAUGAAGUCUAGGGUACACUCCGUUGAACGUGUCGCCGGUGAGAAUGCAGAAAGGCCCGCCUUCAGAGUCACGUGGAACGAGGGUGUCAAAGGUCUCAAGAGUGAUGUCUUUGACAUAGUCAUGAUGGCUUCACCCAUAGAGGACGAUCUCUCAGGUAUCGACUUCAUAGGCUUCGAUCAUUCGGUCACCACAACUUCACAGGCGACUACCGCCACACGACCCGUCACGUUCAACGCAUCGAGGCAACUCUACAAGGUGUUCUCAACCGGUGUCUUGAACGAUACGCAGAUGGAGGCGCUGUUCGAGUCGUACUCGGAAGCGACGCACCGCGAUUGGUUGGCGUAUCCCUAUUACCAAGAGCGUAAGGCUUUCCCUGGGUUUGUCUUGGCGGAAGGCUUGUUUUACCCCAAUGCCAUCGAGUGGGCUGCUAGUGCCAUGGAAAUGGCAGUCAUCGGGAGUAGAAACAGUGCCAUUUUGGCGUACCAGUACUGGAGCGGGGAAUCCCCUGAAGUGAAAGUGGGAGCCUCUAAAGUUAGGCAAGAACUAUAAAAGUAUAGCUAUCUUUGGCCCGUUUUCAAUUCCGUACGGGAUUAGUCAGUAUUUUACUAAGCAUUUUAAUUGGUCAAGUAAUGUGACUCUUAACUCAUUUUAUAUUACACAUGAGCAUUUUACUUUAGUUAACCAACUUUCAGGCAAAAUUCUGACUGAUAAGCAUUGCGACAUUCAGUGAUCAUUCAAAAGUAUUGUGCAAUUAACCGAUUACAUUAAAUAAAGUGUAAAAGUGUAAUAAAGUUAUUAGUUUAAGUCAGCCAGGGAGCUGUCUUAAACUUAAGGUGAAAUACUUAGCCAAAAGCUUCAUUUAAAUACCUAAAUUGUCUAAGUAUUUUACUUUUAAAAGCCUACAACUGAUUUCAGAUAAGUAAUGAAUUGUAUACCGGCCCUUGCGCCUCUAGAGUUCGGCAAAAAGUGGGUUGGUUUCGUUAAAGAGUUAGGCAAUAAUUAUGAACUUAUAUCAUUCUUUGUUGAAAGGGUACCAUGCAAAUCACCCAUCUAUGCACUCUGUCUGAUUUGUAGAUAAGUUUGACUUUACAUUUCCAGAAGAUGAUCAUGCAGUUCAAUAUAAAAAUCAUUCUUCACACAAUUCGUGUGUGUGUUUGUGGAUGUACAUUUUAGAGCAUCAAAUGGUUAUUUACAGAAAUGUGAGUAAUUGGGGAAACUGGCUAUGAGAUGGGACCAUGUUUUAAUUUCUCUGUUGCCAACUUGCUCUUCAAAUAAAAAUUAAAUAAAUCUACAUAUAGGGAACUCCAAUUGAAAAACAGAGGCCAGAGGAUUUAAAAAAUGUCUUUGUUAUAAUGAGCUCUCGUCAUCCCCAAUCACAUGGAAAACAUACACAAACAAACCCAUGUAUUGUUUAUAUUGUUUUAAUGUACUUAUUAAGCUCCAUGAUAAUACAUGUAUGUAAAUCAUUGAAAUAUCUGUUACAAAUUGGUCAUGCCAGGGUUUGGGCAAUUUUUGUGUCGUACCAGUGAGUGAGAAACUAUGUCCUCCACCGACCAUAACAAUGUUUGCUCAAAUUGAGUUUUGCAUGAGCAACAUAGCCAAUUAUGUUUAGCAGUAUUUUAGCUUCACAGUGAAUCAAUAUUAAACAUGUAUAUAUAUAUAUAUAUAUUAUAUAUGUGAUGUGCAUGUAAACUGAAAGCAAAUGUCAUGUGCAUGUUAUGCUGGACAAAUUAGAAAUGGAUAUUACACAAAGAUUUUGAAGAAAAGCUGUGUGCAACUGAAACAGGAAUGAUUAUGGCAGGACACAUUAUAUUGAUUUAAAAAUAUCUCAAACAGAUGAUUUUAGAUUUCAUUUGUAGUAGCAGAUCUUGUACUGUACCAACGUUACAAGUACGUUGUCUUAUUUUGCCCCAACCUCAUUAAGUGAUCCACAUGUGAGGACUACGUUCUUUAAAUGGAUACACAAGCAGUAUUGUUGAAAGGACUUGCAAAGGUUUUGCAGAUGAUUAUUUAUCAAUGUAACAUGUCUUAUUGAAAAGCAAAAGCAAAAUUAAACAACAAAAACUAAAUCCCCCUGAACAAGGAUAUUAAUGAUUCUACCUCAUGGAUAGAUUGUAUAUUUCUUGAAAAAUAUUAGUAAUUAUUGUAUGCAUUGUAUGGAUAGCUAGUUAACUUCAAACAGUAUAAUGUGUUGAGCUUGUAUACUAAGUAAAAUAGAGUAACAAUAUGUCUCUAAUCUAAGUGUAGUUGUUAGAAAGCAUGCUUUUGGCUGAGAAGCUAUCACGUGACACUCAAUAUUUUGUAAUGUGUGUAUGUGAUCUUGUCUUUAUCGAUCAUAUUUGAUUAUUUACUUGUGGAGACUGACCUUUUACGUCACCAUCCGAAAGAAGUGACUGAGUUUAAAACUGGGCCAGUUUGUAGGCGAAGACAGAGAGCUGACCAAGUGAAAGUGCUGCUAGACCAACUCACAUCUCCCAUUGCAUGAGCGUGCAAUAUAAGAACUCUUUUUGAGCGGUAAAACGCGUAGAAAAUGAAUGGAACUUCACACCUCUCUUCCCUGCCUGUAUAUAUUGAUUUCAGUGUCUGAGCUGCGCGUAUCUCAUGCGAAAGCAGUCUGAAUGAAAUCGACAAGGCCAGACUCGGAAAGGAGCAAUUCGUGAGAUUGAAAUUAAAUACACUCGAUUUUAUAUUUAAAA